CCACGAAUGUGAAACUCGACCCAAGGACGGAGGCGCUCUUCGGCCCUUUCAGUGCCAAAUGUUGAAUCUGGUCUCAGAGAUGAAGUCGUCUCUGCUGCAACCAAUUUAAACUGUGUGCAGCUCGAUGGUCAUUGGACGCGGACGUCGCUCGCGCUUCUCGAAGGCGUGAAGAGGACCGGGUGGAAGCGAUGCGGCGCCGUGGCUCAACUUAUUUGAGCUCAAAUAGCCGGACGCGAUAGACAACGGCGGAUUUGCAGUGCUACACGUGAACGCAACAUUUUGGUGAACCAGGAAGAGUCGCUGAGCUUCCAGCGGACGGUCAGGCCCUCAGCAUGGAGGGUCUGGAAGAGAACCUGACGUGCCCGGUGUGUUACUCGCUCUACUCCGACCCGCGGAUCCUGCCCUGCAUGCACAACUUCUGCAAGAGCUGCCUCGGGGGCCUCCUGCAGGCCCUGGUCAGCCACUCCAUCUGGCGCCCGCUCAGGAUGCCCAUCCACUGCCCCCUGUGCCGCAGCCUGGUGGAGCUGCCCAUAGGGGGCCUCGACGCUCUGCCCAGAAACCUCCCUCUGCGGGACAUCAUCGAGGAGUACAAGAGCAACUGUGCGCCGCGCACCCCCACCUGCCAGGAGCACCGCAGACAGCCCCUCAACAUGUACUGCUUCGUGGACAAACAGCUCAUCUGCGGCCUGUGUCUGACCGUCGGGGAGCACCAGGGUCACUCGGUGGACGACCUCCACGCCGCCUUCCUCCGGGAGAAGCAGAGAGCUUCCUUCAGCACGCAGUCGGAGAAGAGGUGGACUCAGGUGCGUGAGCUGGCGGAGCAGCUGCAGCAAGAGAAGAGUCGCUGCGAGGAGCUGGUGAGGCAGGACCGACAGAAGGUCCUCCAGUUCUUCCACUCGCUGGAGGAGGAGCUGGCCAACAAGAAGCACGCUUACCUGGACGCGCUGGACAAAGCCAACGUGAAGGUGUCGCAGACCUACGAGCCGCUGAUCCUGCAAGUCAAAGAGCUGCAGGAGGAGCACGGUCAGCUGGUGUCCAUGUGUUCAGAGCUGGAGGAGGAGGACUCGCCACUGAUCUUCCUGGAGAAGGCUCACCUGUUCAGGGAGCGAGAGAAGGAGUUCGCCCUGGCUCCCCUGCCCGCCAUGGUCCACCUGUCUGUCUGCCUGAGCCCCUGGGCGGCUGAGUGUCUCCAGUACAAUUGGAACGCCGCCAUCGCUGAGAUUCCCCUUCCCAAUGUGAGCUCCAGUCCCAGGUCCCCUGCCGCGGAACUGGAAUCUGAACCGGAGCUGGAGGUGGAGGAGGCGGCCGCUGAUCUGAGAGUCCAGGACGUGCGUCUGCUAGUGGUGGGCUUCCUGCUGCUGGUGGCUGUGGCGCUGUGGAGUUACCCAGCAGCAGGCCUCCGCCUCUGCUGCCUCUCUCAGGCCUGGCAUGCGCUGCACGCGCUCAGCAGCCAGGUGGCCUCCUCCGCCUGGAGCCUGGCUGAGAUGCUGCGCGCGGCGGCCCACGCUGUCCUCGCGCUGUGGCUCUCCCUGGUGCACGCUCUCGGAGAGAACAUCUACGAGGAGGUCGGGAGGGUGCUGCACUUCGUGACGUCCAAGUUCGACAUGCAGCUCCUCAAGUUCUGAAUUGGGACUGGGGCUGGUGAGGAGAGAAGCCAGACCCUCUAUUCACAACAUCUCCAGGAGGUGGAAGUGGACCUUGACUGGACACCUACAGCUGGUUCAGAAGCCCCGCCUCCUGGCUGAAGACCAACGAUCCUCCUUCAGUUCUGGCCUGAAGCUGUCAGUAUCUCAAGCUGGAGGUCUGAAGCUCACAAGUCUUUCUUUCCCGCUUCUGCCUGACAGAGGUCGAAGUGCACAUCCAGAUCUGAAUCACUCACACACCAUCAUUUGCACAAUCGCACUUUAUUUCUGCACAGAAUCCACUUACCAGAUGUUUUUUUUUUAAACAUUGAAUUUAAUAUUUUGUAUUUUUAGCAGAAGGCAGAACUCAAAUCCUCAUCACCUGUAACCGCCUGUUGUCGAUUUGACAAUAAAGACUGAAGCUUUU